AUGUCUCAGGUGUACCAAGCUGAUUCGAGCCCGAGGUGUUCGUGUACGAUCAUUCCACCGCUCCCAGACGACGCCUCAUGUCGGAGGGCAGCAAAAGCACUCAUUGACCGCCUAGGGCUAGAAACUGUGUCCCUUACGCCGGCUUGUUCGGAAAGAAGUCUGGCCAAAAUCAGAAGUCUCGCCCUCCCAGAGGUUUUUCCAGUACGACAAAAGACUAUCGAGGACCUAGCGUCUGCCUUCAUAAAAUAUCUCUCUGAUGAUCUCGAAGCAAGACGACCAGGCCAAAAGGUAAAGCGUCGACACAAUCUCCCUCGGGUUCGUCAUGUCGAAGAGCUAGGGUGGCAGCUGCCGCUGCGAAAUAACGAGAGCAUCCCUGACUUUGUUGGGAGGCUCGAGGAUCUGGUAAAAACUCCCGAAAUCAGGAGCCAUGAAGAAACGCUUGGGUUUUUAUUGGGCUCCAUCUUUCAUUGUGGUCCACGUCUUCCCACCUUGUCUGGUAACUGCGAUUUUCUGGGGAAAAGCACUGCACGGAUUCGCCGAGAGCGAUAUGGCCGCGCCUCUCUCGUAUGCGCUGUUGUUGACGGAAUCUUGCCCUCGUGGGGCAGACGCGCAUAUGUGCUAUUCCAUCCCUUAGCAGGAUCACAAAGUUGGUACCGUCCCCUUCGUGAUCUUCCCGAAGAACGUCGCGAAAUUUUCCUGAGUACGGUCAUCAGCAAGUUAGAGGCGCUCGAGAUCUACAAAGAUAUUGCGACGUCUGUGUGUACCUUCAACCCAGAGUUUGAAAUGGCAAAGCUUCUGGGCUUCGAGGACGACCAAGUGCUCGGGUUACUUCUCCCCUCUCAAGCCCAGCCACAACAUCAAGGGGACCGGGAAUCCACCAUUGAUGGAUCAGAUGGUGACAUCAGCAUUUUAAGUGACCCCAUAGAUCGAAGGUCAACGAACAUCAUAACGCAUCGACACCAGACUUCCGAACUCAGUCCUGAGAUCGAGUUCAUCAACCAGACAAAACUCCGACAUGAAAGGGCGUACACUUGGCCACUGUUCACAAUUAUCUACGAGGGCGAUGCAGUCAAAGCCACAAGUCUCAUUCGAGCCAAAGAAGCGUCAGCCUGUGACGUUGAUCCAUACGGUCUUGGCACCACCUAUUAUGCUGUGUACUACUGCCUCAAGAACCUAGGUCUGGAAACGGCGCUUCACAUGUGUCAGGCUUUGGUGGAACUCGGGGCCGCGUGGGAUGACCAAGACGAAAUUGGCAACUCCGCCGUUGAGACGUUGAUUGAUGGCCUUCUUGUGACAAGAGCGAUGAAUGGAAGGAGUGGCCAUAUUCUCGACUGGAUAUGCCGAGCCGCCAUGCUUUUGAAAGUGGACACAAAUGUAUUAUGGCGAGAUCUGGAAGCAUAUCUCAACAGUAUGCCUCGAGGUUCGUUGGACAUUGACGUGCAGGACUCGCGGGGAAGAUCAGCCCUGGCUUGGGCUGCCGAGUACGGCUGGACGGAAGCUGCAAGCUUGCUGAUCGAACACGGGGCUGACCCGAGGCAGUCACGACGAUCGCGCCAGGGUGAUCUUCCUCUCCUUCACCUUGCGCUUGCGGGCUCGAACAAGACGAACGGUGGACAGAGUUCGCUGGGUAUCAUCAAGCUUCUCGUGGAGGCUGGUGCCGAUCCCAAUUCCCGGGAUCACGAAGAAAGUUACAGGACGUGGCGAUGA